AUGGCAAAUAAGUUUGAACCACCUUAUGCAGUAGAAGCUGCUGGAUAUCAAAAGAAAGAAGGCGAAACUCCAGUUUAUCGCCACUUUUUGUCCCCUGAUGAGCUGGUAGGUCAUCCACCCAAUAUUACCACUAUGUGGGAAAUGUAUUUACAUGGUUAUGAAAUAAGUAAAGAUAGGCCAUUUGUUGGCAUUCGUCAUAAAGAAGAGGACGUAUUCAAAGAAUACCGCUGGGAAACUUAUGAACAAGUUAGACCCCAUAUCGAAAAUUUCGGUAAAGGCCUCUUAAAACUCGGUUUGGCUAGACAACAAACACUUGGUGUCUAUAGUAUCAAUCGUAGAGAAUGGACUGUCGCUGAAAUUGCUUGUUAUAAAGAGGCAUUGAUUGUCGUCGCCUUAUACGAUACGUUAGGGCCUGAAGCUAUGGACUACAUUAUCAAUCAAACUGAAAUGGAACACAUCGUUUGUAGCAAGGAUAAAGUUGAAAGUAUUCUCAACAUUAAAGAAAGGCUUCCUUUCAUUAAAUCAAUUAUUUCAAUGGAUGAGGAUAUAAACGAUGCGGACAAAGAAAAGGCACAAAGUCUCGGUGUUGGUCUUUAUACAUUCGCCCAGAUCGAAGAACUUGGCGCUGCAGUCAAUGAAGCAAGUAAACUACCCUCACCCGAAGAUAUCGCUACAAUCUGUUACACUAGCGGCACUACGGGUGUUCCUAAAGGUGCUGUCCUUACACAAGCCAACUGUGUUGCUUCAAUAUACAGUGCUGCUUAUGCUGGUGAUCUUGGCUCAUUUGCUCAUGUGGAUGAAAACGAUGUUUACAUUUCCUACCUGCCUCUAGCCCACGUCUUUGAACGUGUGGUCGAAGGUCUAAUGCUUUUUAGAGGUGCUGCUAUUGGUUACUAUACUGGUAACCCUGCUACUUUAAUGGAUGAUAUCGCUGAAUUGAAGCCUACCGUGUUUGCAUCUGUUCCCCGUCUUUUUAAUCGUAUCUAUGAUAAGGUUUUAGCUGGCGUCAAUGCAAAGGGUGGAGUCGCCAGCUACCUGUUCCAUAUGGCUUAUAAUGCUAAAAAGGCUAAUCUUGACAAUUCUGUGCAUCAUUGGUUGUAUGAUCGACUCGUUUUUAAAGCUAUACGCGAGAAGCUCGGCGGUAGAAUUCGUUUCAUUAUCAGUGGAUCAGCUCCUAUUGCUCCUGAGGUGCUGGAAUUCUUGAAGAUUUGUUUAUCUGCCACAGUGCAUGAAGGUUAUGGUCAAACCGAAAACUAUUGUAGUGGCGCUUUGACCAUUCUUAAUGAUAAUACGACAGGUGUGGUUGGUGCCCCUUUCCUUUGCUCCGAAUUUAAGCUUGUGGACGUUCCUGAUAUGAACUACUACUCAACUGAUAUACCCAAUCCUCGUGGUGAACUUUGCAUUCGCGGUAAUGCAGUUAUGAAAGGAUUCUACAAGAGUCCUGAAAAGACACAAGAAGCUAUUGAUGUUGAUGGCUGGCUGCACACUGGUGAUAUCGCUAUGAUUGAUGAUGCUAAGCGUAUAGCUAUCAUCGACCGUCUCAAGAACAUCUUCAAAUUAUCGCAAGGCGAAUACAUUGCACCAGAGAAGAUUGAAAGUAUUUAUCAAAAGAACGAAUUGAUUGCUCAGGCUUUUGUAUACGGUGAAUCCAAGCAAAGUCAAUUAGUAGGUAUUUUCUUACCUGAUCACGACCCAUUGAUGCAUUGGGCUGCCAAAAAGCCUGAAUUUGCAUCUAUGUCUUUUGAACAACUUUGCGAAUCGCCAGCUGUCAAUCUCGAAGUAAUGAAAGAACUUACCAAAUUCGGUAAAGAGUAUGGAUUGAAGGGUUUUGAACAAGUCAAGGCACUUCAUUUAAUUACAGAAGAGUUCAGUGUGGCCAAUGAACUCUUGACACCCACUUUCAAGUUGAGAAGAGAAAAUGCUCGUAGCGCUUUCAAAGAACAAAUCGAUCAGAUGUAUCAUACCUUAACUCAUGGCAGAGCUUUCAAUUAG